AUGGCCCUGAUACAAGAAAGGAACUUAUCCGAAUUAAAUGAAAAUGGAUGUUUGAGGAAGGAAAACUCAAAUAGAAAUGUAGGUUCCUCCCAUUCUACAUGGAGAGAGGACGUGCUAUCUGGGCCUGAUAGGAUGGAUUUAGGUGGGAAUAAAAAGAACAAAAGUUUGGAUGGGGAUAAGAUAGUCGAAGGAGAAUAUGAAGAGGAAGAUGACUUACGUAAUAUUUACUCGCCUAGCUUUAACGGACAUGAGAUGAUAUUUACUAGGGAUGUAACGGAAGAGAACGUGGACGCAUCGAUGAGUAAUAUUGGACAGAUGGCCUCAAGGAAUGACAUUAUCAGAAUGUGGAAGGAAACAUAUUCUUUUAGACAAGAAGUAAUUAAUGAAAUGAUAGAUGCUCUAUUCAAAUAUUACCAGGAGUUAAAAGAAAGACAUAAAAUAAGGGGAGCAGUCGCCAUCACUCAUUGGAAUGCCGUCCUGUCCAAGUGUUUUGAUAUACUAACGAGGAAAGAGGACAAAUACAAAGAAUUUUUCAUUUCAUUCAUCAUAACAGAUGACUUGACCAAGGAGGAACUGGUGAAAUUCUUUGACCAUUGCAAGUUGAAGUUUGUUGGAUUAAGGCAGUCUUUAGAGACCUUAGCAAGGAAACAACUCUAUAGAAGGAUGAUUCCGAAAAGAGGAGGCAACUAG